AUGUUCGGUUACAAUACGUUGGUAGCAACGUGUAUCGAUGAAGAAGGUUUGGACAUUGGUGACGUUGACCUGAUUGUUUGUUUCAAUGCACUGAAAAGUCUAAUUCGUCUUUUUCGACGUAUGGGCAGAACGGGAUGUAAACGUCAAGGUCGAAUUGUUUUGUUGAUGACCGAAGGCAAACAAGAACGCACAUUACGUGACGGUGAACUGAAACAACGACGGAUAUGCAAGACCCUCACACAAUUAUCGAUGGGCAAAGAACAUUGA